AUGAGAUUCAUUAAGCAUGAAAGGGGUCGAGUGCACAAGGAAAAGGAGGUCACGGUCUCCUCACAAGGGGCCGAUGGUGAUGUGGUUGGCCACAGGGACGGUAGGGUGCAUCUGAACCAAGGGGUCUAUAAGGUUGCGUUGUCGGAUAUGGGUCAUUUGCGGCUGGAUGGGGAUCUCUCACAGAUCUUUCCUACUGCUCCAAGGUGUUCGGACAAGGGCAAAACAGUUUUGGGGGAAGAUGUCACUGCGGCUUCUGCUAUCUUGGGGCUGCCAACCUCAUUCUGCAAAGGUAGUAUACAACGUGGCUUUCAGCUGGGCCGUGCCAGGCCUCGGGGGAGUCCUGUGAUGACUGAUAAUACAUCUGGUGUUGAGCGCACACCCGUGAUGGGUAUCGGGGGUCGGGCCCAUCACGAGCAAUGA